ACGAUUCCAAUAACUUAAGAUUGGCUUUCGUGUUCUUAAAUGCAACCUCAACCAAUGUCGUGGGCAGCCGUCGUUGGCAAAGCGACGCCGUCAACUCCCCAACAGACAGCCUCAAUAACUCAAAUACCCUCAAAUGCUAGAAUCACGUCAGCAGAAAUCUCUCCUAAGUCAAACUCAAAAACGAGUCUUCAGGCCCCAGCGAUCGAGGCAGUCCCAAAAGGCCCAGCAAAUGGUACGCGGCCACUGGUCGCCUUCGUCUCGGGUCACAUCGACAUCACACCCGUCCAAUUCCGCGCACAAUACGCAUCAGCCAUCGACACAGCUAUUGCACGCGGCGAUAUAUUCGUUCUGUCUAACGCUGGUGGUGUUGACACGAUGGGCCUAGCCUACCUCCGCGACCACGGGGUGUCUCCAGACCGAAUCACAAUAUACAUGCACACGCCGCGGUCAAACCGGAAAUUGCACGCCACGCAAAUUCGAAUCAAUGCUAUGAGACUAGGAAAAGAUGUUGAGGAGAAAUAUGAGAAGGAGGGGUAUGGAAUCAGAGCGGUUCAGGGGUAUCACAAUGAGAGGGACGCUGCGAUGACAGAAGAGAGCGAUUACGACAUCUUGUGGGUGAGGGAUGAGGCGGAUACUGCGAAACUGUAUGGGGCGAAGUAUAGGCCGGGCAGAGUGAGUGGGACGCAGAAGAAUAAGAACAGGAGGGUGGUGAAGGAGAAGAGAGCAGAAUGAGUAGAUUUGAGGUAGAACGACUACAUUGUUGGAACGCA